GGGGGAUCGAACUGGAAACCCUCCGACUGCUAGACGACUACUCUUACUGCCUGAGCCAUAUCGCCCCCAGUGAAAUUCAUAGCUAGCCAGCAGUUGUGUGUAACCAGCAAUUGCCUAUGGACCACUGGCAGAAAAACAUCUCCAAAACAUCAAUGACCCACCGCCAUAUUUGACAGUAGGAGUGAAGAUUCUCUCCCUUUUGGAUGAAGCGCCUUCUGAAAAUGCCCCUCCCUCUGCUGCUCUUUCUGUUUGGAGCAGUGAAGUCACAAGUCAACCCUGGUGUAUGUCGGUACCCUCUUGGAAUGUCUGGUGGGCAGAUUCAAGAUGAGGACAUCUCUGCCUCAAGUCAGUGGUCUGAAUCCACUGCAGCGAGAUAUGGCAGGCUGGAUUUUGAAGAAGGCGAUGGGGCGUGGUGCCCAGAGAUAACAGUGGAGCCAGACAGCCUGAAGGAGUUCCUGCAGAUCGACUUGCGGUCGCUGCACUUCAUCACACUAGUGGGCUCGCAGGGCCGGCAUGCCGGGGGCAUUGGCAAUGAAUUUGCCCAGAUGUACAAGAUCAAGUACAGCCGUGACGGCAGCCGCUGGAUCUCCUGGCGCAACCGGCAGGGGAAGCAGGUCAUUGAGGGGAAUAGGAAUGCCUAUGACAUUGUGCUGAAGGAUCUGGAACCUCCCAUCAUUGCCCGCUUUGUGCGUUUCAUGCCUGUAACCGACCACUCCAUGAACGUGUGCAUGAGGGUGGAGCUCUACGGCUGUGAAUGGUUAGAUGGCCUGGUGUCCUACAACGCUCCUGCAGGACAGCAGAUGAACAUUAAUGGCCUGCAUGUGUACCUGAAUGACUCUGUGUAUGACGGGGCUGUAGGUUACAGUAUGACAGAGGGCUUGGGCCAGCUGACAGAUGGCCAGGGUGGCCUGGAUGACUUUACCCACAGCCACGUCUACAAUGUCUGGCCUGGCUAUGACUAUGUGGGCUGGACCAAUGAGAGUUUUCCCAACAACUAUGUGGAAAUCAUGUUUGAGUUUGACCGCAUUCGCAACUUCACCACCAUGAAGGUGCACUGCAACAACAUGUUCACAAAGAGGGUGAAGACGUUCCGACAAGUGCUGUGCUACUUUCGCUCAGAAUCAGACUGGGAGCCCACGCCCCUGUCCUUCAGCCCUGUCAUGGAUGAUGUCAACCCUAGUGCCCGCUUUGUCACCGUCUCACUCCACAACCACAUGGCCGGCGCCAUCAAAUGCCAGUACUACUUUGCUGAUGUGUGGAUGAUGUUCAGUGAGAUAACCUUCCAGUCAGAUACGGCUGUAUACAACACCACGCUGGCCCCACCUAAGACUGGCCCACCCACAAGCACCCAACCAGGGGAUGACCCCAUGCACAAAAUAGAUGACAGCAACACAAGGAUUCUGAUUGGUUGCUUGGUAGCCAUCAUCUUAAUUUUAGUGGCCAUUAUUGUGAUCAUACUGUGGCGACAAGUAUGGCAGAAGAUGCUGGAAAAGGCCUCCCGGCGGAUGCUGGACGAUGAACUAACUACUAGUCUGUCAAUACAGAGUGAGACCUUCACCUAUAACAACAACAACAACCCCUCCUCAUCACCCAGCGAACAGGAGUCCAACUCUACCUACGAGCGGAUCUUCCCCCUGGGGCCUGACUACCAGGAGCCCUCGCGCCUCAUUCGCAAACUGCCUGAGUUCUCGCAGUCCACGGAGGAGGCUGGGACCAGUGCGGCAUCAAAGUCGUCCCAGGCCAGUACCCAAGAAGGCGUCCCUCACUAUGCAGAGGCAGACAUCGUAAACCUGCAGGGGGUGACAGGGAGCAACACCUACGCCGUUCCUGCCAUCACCAUGGACCUGCUGUCUGGGAAAGACGUCGCGGUGGAGGAAUUCCCCCGGAAGCUGCUGACCUUCAAGGAAAAGCUGGGAGAGGGACAAUUUGGAGAGGUGCACCUGUGUGAAGCAGAAGGCAUGCAGGACUUCAUGGAGGAUGAUGAUGAUUUCUCCUUUGAAAUCAGUGACAGCCAACCCAUUCUCGUGGCUGUGAAGAUGUUGAGAGCAGACGCCAACAAGAACGCAAGGAACGAUUUCCUUAAAGAAAUAAAGAUAAUGUCUCGGCUAAAAGACCCCAACAUCAUACGGCUCCUGGCUGUGUGCAUCAGCAGUGACCCACUCUGCAUGAUCACAGAGUACAUGGAGAACGGAGAUCUCAACCAGUUCCUGUCCCGCCAUGAGCCGGAGGACCUGAUGGCCCUGCUCAGUAACGCAGCCACUGUCAGCUACAGCAACCUGAAGUAUAUGGCCACUCAGAUUGCCUCCGGGAUGACGUAUCUAUCCUCGCUCAACUUUGUGCAUCGAGACCUGGCCACGCGCAACUGCCUGGUAGGCAAGAACUACACCAUCAAAAUCGCUGACUUCGGCAUGAGCCGCAACCUGUACAGUGGUGAUUACUACCGUAUCCAGGGCCGGGCCGUCCUGCCCAUCCGCUGGAUGUCCUGGGAGAGCAUCCUGCUGGGAAAGUUCACCACCGCCAGUGAUGUUUGGGCCUUUGGAGUGACACUGUGGGAAACCCUGACAUUCUGCAAAGAGCAGCCCUACUCCCACCUUUCUGAUGAGCAGGUCAUCGAGAACACGGGCGAAUUCUUCAGGGACCAGAAACGGCAGAUCUAUCUGCCCCAGCCAGACAUGUGUCCUGAAUCUGUCUACAAACUCAUGUUGAGCUGCUGGCGCAGGAACACAAAGGAGAGGCCGUCCUUUCAGGAGAUUCACGAUACCCUCCUGGAGUGCCAAGUUUAGCGUCAGUGCCGGCAUGCUCAGAGACUCUGUGUGCCCACAGGACUCCAAGCAGCCUCAGCCAGGCUGUCACACUUUAAACACGCAGCUCAUACAUUAACAUUCAGCGAAUACACACACAUACGCAUACAGUGCCGGAAAAAAUUAUUUGCCCCCUUUGUGAUUUACUCGGUUAUUUCAUAUUUGCCACACUGAAUGGUUUCAGAUCUUUAGACAAAAUGUAAUAUUAGAUGGGGAACAAGUAAAGGGAAAAACACAAUACUCAUUUUUUAAAAUUGCUAUUUCAUUUAUUUAAUGAAAAAUGUUAUCAAGCACCCAUAUCACCUCUGUGGUAAAAGUCAUUACCCCCUUAAUCUCAAUAGCCGUUUGCACCACCUUUAUCACGAUAACUGCAAUCAAACUAUAAUUUGAUAUCAAACUUUCACAUUCACAGUCCUGUAGAGGACUUUACACUGCUUUAAUUCAAUCAAAUUCAUAAGUUUGGUAUGCCAUGAUCAAAGGAAAUUCUAGAAGAGAUGAAGAAAGGUUGUUGGAAUACAUCGGUCUGGAAAGGGUUACAAAGCCAUUUCUAUGUCCCUGGGACUCUGCCGAACCGCAGUGAGAGCCAUUAUCUCCAAAUGGAGAACACUUUGAACAGUGGUGAAUCUUCCCAGAAGUGGCUGGCCUGCCAAAAGUCCCCCUAGGGUGCAGUGACAACUCAUCCAGGAAGUCAGAAAUGAUGAGCGUCUCUAGCUAGUGUCACUAUUCAUGACUCUACAAUAAGAACUUGGCAAAGCAGGGAUACACAAGGGACUAGCAAGGAGGAAACCACUGCUAGCCACAGUUGCAAAAAGCUGGAUGAUCCCCAAGCCUUUUGGGAUAACGUUCUAUGGACAUCACUGCCUUGGGACCUUGAUAACUUGCCAUUAUUGAAGGAACCAUGAAUUCUGCUCUGUACCAGAAAGUUCUUAAGGAACUUACUGCUGAAGCAUACAUACAAUGGUCAAGACAAUGAUCCAAAACAGAAAGGCAAUUCCACAAGUAAUUGACUGAAAGUCAAUGAAUGGUUUUGGAGUUCAUGCUUGAAAACCUACCAAUUUGUUUUAAUAAGGCAGAAGAGUGGGUUGAAUUCAUCAACAGCAAUGUGAAAGACUGAUAUGAAAUUAUACGAAGCAUUUAGUUAAAAUUAUUGCUGCUAAAGGUGGUGAAAGAUGUUAGGUUUAAGGGGGCAAAUAUUUUUUUACAGGGGUGACAUGGGACAUGGGAGGAAGGGGGCUAAUACUUUUUCAUGGCACGGUAUACAGUGUACACACAAGCACAAUGCAUUCAUGGGGUGGGGAAUGACAGCUAAAGUUAAAACAUUCCCCAUUUCACAUAUGAGAGUUAGUUACUGCUGUGUAAAAAUAUUUGUAUUGUUUUCAAAGACUUUGUUCAAUUAUAGACAUGUCACAGUGACCUACCAAGGGUGUGAGUAAACCAAAGAGGAAAUGUUAAAGGGAAAUGUCAUAGCACUAUUUAAAUACCUAAUUCCCCUGUUUUUGUAUUCUUUACACCUGUAAAAUCUAAAAUUUAAAAACACCUUGGAGCAGACCUCAAUUACUUGAAUGUAAGUCAAAGACAAGUCAUGUCAAACACAUGCAGGGAUGUGAGAAUUCAUAUCAGUAUUCCUAAGACACCGAAAUAAAUAUUUCUUUCCGUGUUAGAA